AGUACUGAGAUUACUGAUAUCCCAUUGAAUCCCCUCCCUACCCAAAGAUCAUUUUCUUUGCAGUCUUGUCUAGCUCACAUUUUAGAACAAGAAGAAGAAGAAGUAGAGAAAAAACUUCUCUCUCUCUCUCUCUAUCUCUUUCAACUAACAACCAAUCAACCAUACUGUUCAGAUUUUGGUUUCUGUGCGUCUUGAGGAGUGUGUCUGUUUUGUAUAAGAACUCUGUAUCUGGAUAUUACUACAGAGACAAUUCAAGUUGAACACUAGUUUAUUUAGUAUAACAUAUAUCUUCAUCUUGAUAUAUAUAUAGUAGUAGUAGCUAUCUAUAUAUCUAGCUAGUAACUGAAACUACACAAACCCUGUAUCUGUGCAUUUUUUUAGUACCAUAUAUACAGAGAUAAUCAACUGUACAACUAGCUAGAAGGAUAACCAGACCAUUAAAACUUGCUUUCUCUCUUUCUCUGCUACUUAUCGUCGGUAUUUAAUUGGUUUGAAGAUGGGAGACAUCAAUUUGACUAAUGCUACUGCUGGAACUAAGAACCAACAGUUUCAAUAUGAUCAUUCGCUUGAUGUAAUGUCAAACCCGCAAGGUGGAUCCAAAUGUUUUGACGAUGAUGGCCGCCUUAAAAGAACAGGGACCGUUUGGACUGCCAGUGCACAUAUUAUAACGGCUGUUAUAGGAUCAGGAGUGCUAUCAUUAGCUUGGGCCAUAGCUCAGCUUGGUUGGAUCGCUGGUCCGGCUGUGAUGUUCUUGUUUGCCUUUGUGAUUUACUACACAUCCUGUUUACUAGCUGACUGCUACAGAACUGGCGACAAUGUUACCGGCAAGAGAAACUACACAUACAUGGAUGCUGUUAGCACUAAUCUUGGUGGUUCUAAGACCAAGCUUUGUGGGAUAAUUCAGUACAUAAAUCUUUUUGGUGUCGCAAUCGGAUAUACAAUUGCAGCAUCCAUCAGUAUGGUGGCUGUAAAGAGAUCGAACUGUUUCCAUGCUAGCCAUGACGAUAGCCCGUGCCUCGCAUCGAGUACCCCAUACAUGAUAGCAUUUGGUGUAUCAGAAAUCAUAUUCUCCCAAAUUCCGGACUUCGAUCAAAUUUCAUGGCUAUCAAUGGUUGCUGCAGUCAUGUCAUUUACUUAUUCCGGGAUCGGAAUGGGCCUUGGAAUCGCUAAAGUGGCAGAGAAUGGGAAAUUCAAAGGAAGUCUGACUGGAAUAAGCAUUGGUACGGUAACUCAAACCCAGAAGAUAUGGAGGAGCUUCCAAGCUCUUGGAAACAUCGCUUUUGCCUACUCAUAUUCAAUAAUCCUAAUUGAAAUUCAGGACACUAUUAAAGCACCGCCCUCAGAAGCUAAAACUAUGAAGAAAGCAAGUUUGAUCAGUGUUUCGACUACUACGAUUUUCUACAUGCUCUGCGGAUGUAUGGGUUAUGCGGCAUUCGGUGAUAUGGCACCUGGGAACCUUUUAACCGGUUUUGGAUUCUACAAUCCAUAUUGGUUACUUGACAUUGCCAAUGUCGCAAUUGUAAUUCACCUUGUGGGAGCUUACCAAGUCUAUUGCCAACCUUUAUUUGCCUUCAUUGAAAAAUGGGCGGCAACAAAAUGGCCAAAGAGUGAUUUCAUCAACAAAAACUAUCAAGUACCUAUCCCCGGAUGCCGCCCAUACAAUCUCAACUUAUUCAGACUUGUUUGGAGAACGAUCUUUGUAGUACUAACUACAAUUAUAUCAAUGCUUCUUCCGUUCUUCAAUGACAUUGUUGGGAUCCUUGGCGCUUUUGGGUUUUGGCCCUUGACAGUUUACUUCCCGGUGGAGAUGUACAUAUCACAGAAAAAGAUACCCAAGUGGAGUACUAAAUGGACGUGCCUUCAGAUACUUAGUGCAGCUUGUUUAGUAAUCUCAAUUGCAGCUGCAGCUGGUUCAGUAGCUGGUGUUGUCACUGAUCUUAAGGUGUAUCAUCCUUUUUAAUCUAACUAUUGAUCAUCAUACAUGGAUGGUUCAUUAAGAUAGAUUUAUUUCAAGAUAAUUGUGAUUCAAAACUGAGAUCAACUCCUCGUAUAUACAAGAUGUUGAUCUAGUUCAGGAGGCUAGAAAGGGUAAAAUAGUACCUAGUACAAAUUCUCUCAGGGUUAUGAAGGUGUAACACAUAUGUAUAAUUCCAAGGCCAAACCAAUGCUCUUAGAGGGUGCACAAACAAAUUGCAAGACAAUGACGAAGUGUGAACUAAAUAACUAAAACAAUUCCAAAGGGGAGCUUGAUUAUUCUCAAAACCCCAAUGAACUUGUUAUAUGACAACUGGCCAAAGUUUACGAGCAACCGUUCAAGUGGAGGCAUCAAAAUAAAUUUAAUAGACACGAAGCGUUUUUUUUUUUAUAUCCAGGAGUUAAUUGUAAGAACACGUCAGCUAUGUACUUUCUAAUAAUUAAUAAAAUAUUUUAAUAAACUUCCAGCA